UUCGUCUCCUCACCAUGACUAACAACGACCCUGAAGAGCAACAGCAAGAAGUCUCCCGUAAGAGAAAAUUAUCCGAUCCCUCCGUCGAUGAUGCCACAAUCGUCUCAACAGAUCAUGAUAUCGAGAUCUCGCAAGAAACCAACAACAAUAACAAUGUUUUUCUCACUCUCUCCCUCGGUAUCCAACAAAUCCCUUUCCAGCUUCCUCCUACACUCCCACCCACUGCACCCCCUCCUGUUUUCCAACCCCCACUGCCUGUGCCGCGAGCGGGCCCUACGAAGCAUCGACGACGUAACCCGACGCAGGCGCCGCGUGACGUGACUAAAGGGGAGGAUAUCCCGCAGCCCUACCCGUGGGCUACUACGAAGAGAGCCACGGUGCAUACAAUGAGCUAUCUUGAUUCGAAGAAUAUAAGAAGUAUUUCGGGUGACGUGCAAUGCAAGAGAUGUGAGAGGCAGUAUCAGAUGGAACUGGAUUUGCAUGAAAAAUUUAAGGACAUCGGGACGUAUAUGGCGAAAAAUAAAUCCACUAUGCAUGAUCGAGCCCCUGCGAGUCUGAUGAACCCGGUUCUUCCAACGUGUAAGUUCUGUAAUCAGGAAAACAGUGUCAAGCCCGUGAUUUCGGAGAAGAAGAAGACGAUUAAUUGGCUGUUUUUGCUUCUGGGACGAAUGCUGGGAUGCUGCACACUCGAGCAAUUAAAGUACUUCUGCAAGCACACCAAGAAUCAUCGCACUGGAGCCAAAGAUCGUGUUCUGUAUCUCACUUAUCUCGCGAUUUGCAAGCAGCUCGAUCCCAAAGGCCCCUUUGAUCGUUAA